AUGAUAGAAAAGGGGGAAACCAGUAGCAAACGAAACAAGAAAGGUGACGCCAUAACCUUUGACAGCGGAGAUGAAGAGGGAGUGCAGCAACCGCAUGAUGACGCACUAGUACUCUCCUUACUCGUAGCCAAUUACAUGGUGAGGCGUGUACUGGUAGACAACGGGAGCUCGGCCAACAUCAUGUUCUGGUCGGUCUUGGUAGAGAUGAAGAUCGGCAAGGAGCGAUUGAAGCCCGUCUCGACCCCUUUGGUAGGAUUUGGGGGAGACACUGUUCACCCCUUGGGAACCAUCACUUUACCAGUGACAAUAGGGACGACCCCGCAGCAGGUAACAACGUUGACAGAGUUCCUGGUGGUUGACCGACCUUCGGUGUACAAUGUCAUCUUGGGUCGUCCAUUCCUUAACACAGUUCGAGCGGUAACAUCAACAUACCACCUCAAAGUUAAGUUCCCUACACCACAAGGAAUAGGAUAUGCCAAAGGAGAUCAGGCCGCUGCUCGGAGUUGCUACGUAAUGGCCUUAAAAGGGAAGAUGGAGGCCAAAGAAGCUCUUACGGUGGAAGACCUGGAGGUCAGAGGAGAGUAUCCCCAGAUCAGUACAUUACACGAAGAUAUCAAACACAUACCACUGCAAGGCCACCAGGAGAGAAGUGUACAGAUCGGGAAUCACUUGCCCGAUACUGUGAAAGCGGAGUUGACUGAACUCUUAAACGAAUUCUCUGAUUUGUUCGCAUGGUCGGCAGCAGAUAUGCCCGGCAUCGACCCUGCUGUGAUAGAGCACAGGUUGCAGGUCAACCCGAACCACCGACCUGUAAAACAGAAAAAAAGGAGCUUCGCGAUGGAACGGAUCAAAAUAAUUGACGAAGAGGUGACGAAACUGUUGCAGGCCAACUUCAUCCGAGAAGUGGACUACCCCGAGUGGCUGAGCAAUGUGGUCCUGGUCAGAAAGCCCAAUGGAAAAUGGCGCACCUGCAUAGACUUCACGGACUUGAAUAAAGCGUGCCCAAAGGACAGUUUUCCCCUCCCUCGAAUUGAUCAGCUAGUAGAUUCGACCUCGGGACACGAGCUUCUCAGCUUCAUGGACGCUUACUCAGGGUACAACCAAAUCCCUAUGAGUCCCACGGAUGAGGAAAAAACUUUUUUCGUCACCGAAAGGGUUUAUAUUGUUACCGGGUGA